AUGGCUUCAGGAUUCAAUAUUGAAGGUGGAUUUUCUCAAUUCCCAAGUGUUCCAAAAACUGCAUCAAUUAACGGUUUUGCUGAUAGAAUUUAUGAUCAAUUACCAGAAUGUGCUAAAUCAUGUAUGCAUGAAUCAACUGGUUCAACUCCUUGUCCAUAUUGGGAUACCGGAUGUUUAUGUGUUAUGCCUCAAUUUGCUGGUGCAAUUGCUAAUUGUGUUGCUGAGAAUUGUAAAGGUCAAGAAGUUAUUAAUGUUGAAUCAUUAGCUACUUCAAUUUGUUCAAGUGCUGGUGUUUGGGAACCUUAUUGGAUGAUUCCAGCAAGUGCUUCAUCUGCUUUAGAUGCUGCUGCAACUGUUGAAGCUGAAACUACUCCGACUUCAACUCAAGAAGAAGAAGCUACUAGUGAAACCACUACUGCUGCUCCAUCAACUACUCAAGCUCCAGAAACUACUUCUGCUGCUCCUGAAGAAACUACAUCUGCUGCUACUUCUGCUGAAGAAGAACAUCAUGACACUACUACCGCUGCUGAAGAACAUGAAGAACAUAGCUCAACUACUGCUGCUGCUGAAUCAAGUGCUGCAGCUGAAGGAGAAGAUGACCAUGACCAUGACCAUGAUCAUGACCACGAUCACGAUCAUGAAUCCGGUUCAGCUUCAACUUCAGUUGUUGCAUCAUCAAGUGCUGAUGCAGAAGCCUCAUCAAUCUCAGUUGAAGUUGCUAAUGGUGCUGCUGUUAAAGGUUUAGCUAUGGGUGGUGUCAUUGCUGCUGUUGCUGCUUUAAUCUAG